GUAGAAAAUCCGCUCGAGACCUCGGACUUGCAAACGUUUCUAAUCGGCAAUAUUAGUUCAGUGAUCAAACCAAAACAACUAUGGCUGCCAAUCCAGGGAGGAACGGCUCUUGCUCUUCUCACGCUUCAGAAAGAUCUUCUGCCUGUUCUUCGUCGAAUUCAUCGGGCUCCAAGAACAACACUUUAAGCACAAGAAGUAGCCAUGAUAUUUACGACUUGGAUGACACAAAAUGUGGCUGGUUAUUGAAAAGAUCUCGGGUGUCCAAAAAGUGGAAGAAGCGAUGGUUCGCACUGAGGAGGGAUGAGCUCAUUUACGGACACAACUCAGAGUCACUGGACAAGAGCAUACCAUUGGAUGGAACAGACAUUACUGAUUCAGUCAUGGACCAAAAGCUGUUUGUGUUCAAACUCCAGCCGCUGAACUACAAUCGGACUUUCUUUCUGCAAGCGGAGAAUGAAGCCGACCAGUUGGAGUGGAUGUCGGCCAUUUGUUUUGCCAAAGCGAUCAGCCACCAAACGGACAAGUCAAAGUCAUGCGUUCUGCAGUGAACUUCUGCUGAGGCCACAAGUAUAAAUCUUGAUGGAAAGAAGAGGUGGAGAUUUUAUUCAUUAGCUGCUCUGUCACCUUAUACAGCGUGCUGCAAGGAUAUUUUUGAGUCACACGACAUGAGAUCAUGUUCUUGUAGUCGAUCAAGUAGUACAGCAGA